CAGGUCUUGAUCUUCUGAAGAAAAUGGAUCCACCAAGAAUCAUCAAGACACAUCUUCCUUUCCAGUUGGUGCCUCAAGGAUUCUGGGAAAACAAAUGCAAAGCCAUUUAUGUGGCACGCAAUGCCAAAGACAACAUGGUGAGCUACUACCACUUUGAUCGCAUGAACAAGACUCAGCCUGAGCCCGGGCCGUGGGACGGCUACGUCCACAAGUUCAUGCAAGGACAGUGUAAGCAGAUUAAAUCACAUACCAUGAUGGCAUUUUACUUCGAAUCCUGUUCCAUCUUUUUGCCAGCCAGGAAUACCACAGUGGAAUGUUGAAUGUUGAAAAUAUUUCCACAUAUUGACAAUUUAUGUCUUCUGUUUUUUUUUCCCCCCAGUUUGCAGCU